AUGCACAGGGCCUACCAGCCUCUGAAACCUGCCACCAACAGGUUCCUCCAGCAGAGAUGGGACCAGAGCAUCUAUGAAGACCACAGACGAAAGGUGAGUUCAGCCCAGCCAGCCGUGGAUGCCAGGGGCACGAAGGCGCCUGCUCAUGUCCAGCUCAAACUCAAGAAGGUGCAGCUGCAGCACGAGCGACAGGCCAUCAUUGACAGAGACAACCAUCUCCUCUCAUCCAGACUGGCCGACAUUGUGCUGUCCAAAGGCCUAGUGGACCAUAGGAACCACUACCUGCAGAGGAGCCUCAACACCGAUAAGAGAAGGGCGGAGCUACUGCAUGUCACUUGUCAGAACCAGGCCGUCUACCGGCGAAUCACUGCUCGCCAGUCCGAGUACCGUCGGCAGCUGUGGUUGAAGGACUGGGAGAAGGUGGAGCAAAGACGGAAUGACAUCACCCGCUACCCCCGAGCACCCUCCCACAAACAGAGGACAGAGAGGAAGGUGAGGUUUGCAGCCGGUGACACAGAAGAGCACAGCAACAAUACAGAGGCGACGGACACCGACUGA